AUGCCGCGCACGGAAAAAAUUGGGAGCGCAUCACUGCAAAUAGACGUCGCGUCUCCCCCAUCCUGGACAUUUGCGGCUGGAGACACAAUCAUUGGCACCGUUAUACGUCUGUCACCUAUUGUCGCGCCAGAAGCCACAGUGACAAUAGAUCUCAUCGGACGCGUAAAGACCAAAAUUAGCGUAAGAAAGAAUACAGGCAAUGGCACUCGCACAGAGCACUACCGGGGCCGAUGGAUUCUCAUACGCACCAGCCAAGUCCUCCAUCGAGGCCCGCUACAUCUUGCAGAGGGCCAUGGGAUUGGGAGCGACUGUCUCUCGUGGCCUUUCUCAAUAGAAAUUCCUACACGGCCGCUUGCCUCGCUUGCACAGAAUAACUCUGACCAACAGAGCUAUCUACCGCUCAAUAAUGUCGCGGAACAUCCCCUGCCGGGAUCAUUUUACUCCUUCCGUAAUGGUUGGAGUACCAAGUCGGAGGCUUUUGUAGAAUAUUAUCUUGAAUCAACGAUUCGGUAUACCCGCAAGGGAUCGUAUGAGACGGGCAAUGCCACGCGCCCUGUGACCCUGCAGCAUCCCUCAUCUGGAUCCAUACCUGCCAGUCAACAGCUUCAACGACGCACGUUUCAGAUCACAGUCCAGACCCAACGGCUACUGCCAGGAAUGGAGCACGCUGAGUUAUCAUUCACGCAAAAGACAAAAAAGUUUUUCCACUCCUCGAAAGUCCCAACUUUCGGGUUCAAUAUCGAAAUCCACUUGCCUAGUGCUAUCGAACUCGAAAUCCCCUCUCCUAUCCCCUUCGUCAUAAAAUUCUCUUCAAAUACAGUAUCAACCAGCCCCAUAAUUCAAGAUACCGUUCAAACAGUUCGACUGAACUCGGUCCGAAUGCUCCUCAAAUCUACCACCACCGUCAUCGCACCUGGGAAUUUCCUGGCCAGCAACACACACAACGACACGCAGUCGAACGAGCAUGAUCUCGGUUUACAUACGAUCUUCAGUAAACUCGAAAAACCCAUCGAAUUCGAGUCAACUAAGGGAGACCAGGAGGUUGAUAUUGGAACCAUGCUUCAGCUAAUUCUGUGUCCGAAUGGACUAUAUACCGGAAGCCGACGUCUCGGCCUUGUAUCUCCUAUUUCCCCUGAUUUCGUCACGUAUAAUAUCAAACAUUGGAAUGCCUUGCUUUUGGAGUUUUUGUUUACUGUCGCUGAUGAAAAGGUUGAGAGGAAGUUCUCUGUACCGAUUAAAAUCAUGCCGCCGGCGAGACAGAGGCCUGAGUUACCGGAGUAUUCUAAAAAGCAGGAAGAUAGCACGUGA